AUGGACAUACACAACUCGAGAGAGGGCGCGCAAGGACUUUCCAAAAUGGGUAACGAGGAGGCACAAGUUAGGGAGAGGCUGCACAAGAAAAAAGUCAUAUCCAAGGUGGGGUCCAAAGGGGGAUCCAAAGGGGGAUCCAAAGGGGGAUCCAAAGGGGGAUCCAAAGGGGCGUCCAAAGGGGAAUCCAAAAUGAGAUGCAAAUUGAGAUCCAAAGUGGGUGCCGCAGAAAAUAGCCAGGUGAAAACACCAAAAGGGACCCAUUUGAACAGCGCCGUCAGAGAAAAGUCAAACAUUAAGACAGUCAUUCAUUCUGGUGCUAAAUCUCUCAAAACGAAAAUAAAAAAAUUAAAAAAAAAAUAUGAACAUAUUCAUAUGGUAAAUCAUAAUAAUGAUGAGCAUGUGAAGUCUCUUCUUCAUAUACACCAUAAUAGUCACCAUGGUGACACAGGUGAAGAGGGGAAUUCCAUCUGCCGAAACAAUUUUAAAGGCACCAAAUAUGUAUGUGCAAAGCGGCUGGAAGGAGAGCAGAAUGGGGUGAACUCAGUCCCCAACGGUGAGGCAAAAACAGAGGAUCAUUUUCGAAGAACUGGAGAAAAUUUUAUUAAUUCUGCUUGCUCAAACCGAAGCUGUAGCAACGAUACACGUCCUAGCCGGAUUAGCAUCGAAAGCCUCAGCGAUUCUAUACCUUUCGGUGAGGGGACCCAUGACGUGUAUGGUCAGAGAGAUUCUAACGCACAUGAUGACGCGGAUCAUAACGCGAACGAUGACGCGGACGAUGACGCAAACGACGACGCCGAUAAUGUGUCUUCGCAAGCUGCCAGUGAAAAAUGUGACGAUUCACCAAGUGAGAAUCUUCCCCCUCCUCAUGUACGAAAAAUGGAUAAAGUUAAUCCCGCGCUGGAAGAAAGACACUCCCGUAGGGUUAACCACAUAAUUGGAAAUCCCGAAAUUAAACAUAGUUUGUCGUGUACAUCUGAUGAUCGGGACCGCUCGGGUGUAGAGGAGGCUAACCCAGGGACGGCCGUCAACAAUAUUGACAACACGAAUGAUGAAAUGAAGAGGUGUACAGCGGAGUCAUUUGCUGAGGGGAUUUCACAAGAUGGUGAUAGUAAUGAUAUAGGGAAAGCGGGACACCCAGAGGGAGACGUGAUAAGCGGCCAUGAAAAAGCCAUAAACAAGAGUAACCUAAAUGAACCGCUUAUGGCGGAACAAAACGAUGUAGAACCCCAUGGGGGUAAAAACGUCUGGGGGGGCAUUGCUGAUCUUAAUGGAAUAGAGGAGGGGGAAAUAGGAACAACGAUUGGUGAUUACCAUGCAGAGGACGACAGGGGUGAAAUGGGAAACCCUCCAAGUGAGGAAGGGUUCAAUGCCGUUCGUUUGGAAGCGCGAGGGGAUAGCCAUUCGUCACGUGGAACAGUUUCGGGCGAACGAGUUAGUGAUGAGAUGAGUGUGGCUGCCGAUGUGCAACAGCAGGGGGGACUUGGAAGUGGCCAGGACAAAAAUGACCAGGACGGAAAUCCCCACGGUGAGGACUACCAACGUGACAACUACCAGGGAGAACCUGGCCAACGCGAAAAUAACCCAAUGGAGUGCCGCCGAAACGAGCGAUGUGCAGCUCCAAUGAUCGCCCAGGAAGAGAAGUUCGACUUGCGAAACAUUCUAAGCUGCAACAUAGACACGUCCAAAGAGGGACAAGGAGAAAUGGAAAAACUAAAUCGCCUAAUUAGCUUCCGAGAUAGUGCACAAAAGUAUCUGCAAAGUUACAUAGACUCGUUUCUAAAUGAUUCCUUUCUCAUGUCAUCCUAUCUGCCCUAUUUACACUACUACGACCAGAAUGCAUACGACAAGAAGGAAAAGAACUUUUUAAAAAUGGUCACCCAUUUUAUGGAUCAUUUUCACUACAAUAAAAAACUGAGCAAGGAAAUACGAGAGUUUAAAAACGACUUUAUAAAUUCACCACUAAAUGAAAAAAUAAAAUAUGUCGAUAAAUUUCCAUUUUUAAGGUUACCCGAAAUGUGCACAGACAGGGUGAAGUGCCAAUUUCUCAGGCUGCUAAAAGAAUAUUGCAAGAAGAAAAAAAAAAGAAAAAAGAAAAAUUACUACCAAUUCUUCUUAUGCCACAAAUUUGUUAAUCAAAUUUUUAAGUUAAAGGAAAAAUGGGUCGAAAAUAAUUUUCUCCAAAUUGGGUUGACCGAAUUUGGCCCACCGGUAGCGCAGCAGGAGGAGCAGCGGAAGCAGCAGAGGGAGCAGAAGGAGCACACGCAGCAGGAUGAUGAAGGAGAGGUGGUGGAGAGACACGACGCCGAGGCCUCGCUUGAAACGCCAUCCCUAAAGGAACCUAUAAAAGAGGAAGGCUAUCCUUUCCCCACUGUUAAGGAGAGGAGUCCAAACGGGCUGGAGCAAAAGAGUUACCACCAAAUGGGUGAAAAAUGGAACAACGAUAUUUUGUGCGAACAGAUUAUCUCUUCUCCGUUUUUAAAGGAAGGGAACAUUUCUAAUGGUGACUUUGCGAUGACAAUGAAAACGAUGGUGCAUUCGUUGGAUGAUCGUGGAAGGAAGUUAAUUCAAUUAAGUGACGCGAAAAAAAUGGAACAACAUGCUAGUUGGUCCUAUCCUCGGCAAAGCAAACAUUUCAUUCGGAAGCAUCUCAACACCGUGGUUAGAAACAAACUGUUCAAUGUGCUUCAUUUGACUGAUGCGAAAUAUAGGGAAAAAAUUUACAUAAAGAAUGAGGACCACCAUAUUAUCAACAACAUUUCUUUUUAUAAAAACAAAAUAAACAGAUUGUAUGCUUAUCUCAUGGCUUGCGCGCUUAUGGGACACUCCCCGAACGUUAGGCAGCCCAAUAUAUCGUGGAACGGGGGCUCCGAUGUGAGGGGAAACCCCAAAGAACACCUCCAAGCCGAAACACCCCCCAGAAAUAGCGGUCACCUCCGCAGCUCCAACGAAGUACACAUAAAAACUGUGCUCAACGAAAAGGACAGUGGAUCCCAAAAAAGAUGCAUCAGUCUUUGCAAUUUAAUCAAAAUUUCCAACGAAUUUGUAAAAAAUAAUGGGAAUUCUAACAAGGAGGAUGCGCGGAAAAAUAAAAUCGCACACAAUUCUAAUCGGGAGAGUCUAUCAGAAGAUAUGCACAUCCUUACAAGGAAUUUUUUGCAAGACGGGGCAUAUAACAGUGCACCUCCUCAUGUCGGACAAAAUGGAAAAAGGUCAUAUAUCUCCACACUGUCUAAUAAAGCGGAGCGGUUGACUAGGUGUCCGAUCAAAUGUGGGGUGAAAAAUUUGGAACUCCACAAUGAGACGGAUUCGUUGGAGGGAUUAGCUGAUGGGGCCAUGUGUCUUCCACACGUAACGAGCGGAUUGGACGAAGCGAGGAAUGAGACGCCCUAUAAAUGGGAAGAGGUCAGCGUGGGAGGCGAUCUGCAAUGCGGGUCCCGCGAAGGCAGGGGAAAAAGGCUCACCUCAGGUUUGAUAGCAGAUGACCAAGUCAGUCGCAUCGCAGGGAAUCAAGUCAAUCGCACCGCAUAUAACGAAGUGAAUCGAAUCGCAGAGGACAGAGCGGAGCAAAGACCAGAUGAACGACUGGACCUCCAUCCCCCUGUGAAGAAAAAAAAAACGGACAACAACAAAUUUCAGUUGUCACCCGACUUACAAUUCCUAUACGAUGCGUACAACAACGGAGAACAAAUUAUCGUGGUUCAGAAUAAAAACAAAGUGUUGCAUAACUUGGACAAGUGCACAAAAUUUACCCGUCUGUCAAAGGGAUCACUGUUCUAUGGUAAUGACAGGGGGCAGAAAGGGGUCGGCCCUUCCAACGGAACUGCAUCCACUCUGUACAAGAGCCAAUACAAUAGCCAAUACCAGAGCCAGAUGCGCUACGUGAACAUCCAACCGAAAUGCACCUACGUGAAGAACACAAAUGGGGUCAACUUUCCCAAUUUAAAUUCUUCUCAUAUGGCAUAUUCGUACUAUGGGCAGACUCCUUAUAACAGUAAUAUACCAUUUGUGCAGAACGGCUCCUUUCCCCACAGAUACGGAGAAGGCACCGAUAGGGGUUACAACAAUGGGUCAUUGGCUGCGACCAAUGGGAACCACAUCAUUAGCAGUAAUCACAAAGUUCACAUGAAUGAUACCAUCGAUCAUUUGAGUAAAUUCGACAAAGUACAAAACGGGAUAAAUUUUGUAGACAGUAAGAACAUCCUGGUGAAUAACUCCAGUGUGGAAUUUGCAAAAUGUAGAAAUUUCACAAAUGCUUUCAGCCCUCAGUAUGUACCUGGUGCUCUAAACUAUAUUAAUGGCAUAAAUCCAAGUGUGCAGAAUUGCUCAAGAGUGAAUUUAAAAAGCAUAGGUUACUAUCCGAACAGAAAUAAUGUCAGUGGUAGUAGCUGUUUCUCCCCCACGUCCAUAAGACAAGAACCACUCAAUAGUGACUACCUAACUCAGUCGACCAAUUACGUGAACUCGUUUGAUGAUUCUUCUCAGAGUAUGUACAACCAAAUGGAGAACACAAACCCGUUUUUAUCUGAACAGAUGCAAAAUGGAAGGAGUACCUUAAUGAACCAAAAUGGAUACCCCCACUUUGCUCUGACGAAUAAUUAUUUUUCGGAUGCUAUUAAUCCUUUCACACAAAAUGGAAAAGGCGGUGGUAACCAAUGUGGGAUGUACUACCACGCGCAUACCAACCUGAGUUAUGCUCAUCAAGGCGAACAAAACGUCGCUAAUAAUGUAGCCAGUGGGACGGUCCACACAAAUGGAAGAAAACAAAUAGAUCAACCAUGUGUAGAUUUACCUAACCGAACCAGCGACAACCAUUUUGAAUGUGUUACUGAGGAUGGCACUUAUUCUUUGAACCCUCAGAAGAAGCGAGGUAGUGAAGGGAUGGUGGAGAAGGACAAUAAUGGGGACGCAAUGGAUACAGCUAAUCAGCUGGAAGGAAACAAAAAAUGCUACAUUGACGAUGUAAGCCACAAUUUAAAUUGCACACAAAGAAGUAGCACCACCAGUGGGGAAUCUAAAGGAGGAGAUGAUCAUAAGGAGGCCACUGCAAAGAGUUAUCCCCCCAGAGGAGGGAACGAACUGUUGGGUGAGGGGAGCAAACAUGUGGUGAACACAGAUGUGAGUGGAAACCAUGAACAGUGCCAUGGAAAUGACCCAGAUUGUGACGAACGAGGGAGUAACAUAACUGCCACAGGUGAGGAACUCCUUAACAGGAAUGUAAACAACAGCAGUGACUAUAAAAACGAAUACAGUAAUGACAAAGUGGAAGCAAAAAAAAAAUCCCCCUUGAACUCGAAUAAUAAUUCUUCACAAAAUAGUGGCCCAGACGCGAGGGAGUCGUCGCCUAGGGAGAGAAACCCGCGUGAGAAGGACCAACCGGAGGAUAACUCUCCCUCGACGGAAGGUACCAAUUUGCAUGUGGGUACCUAUCCAGAGGGUACCAUUAACGGGAACACCGGCGUAAGAAGCGUGCGCAGCGACAACCACGAUGGUAGCACCUCCCCUAACGCCCCAGAUGCUGAUGCUGACAUACAUUCGCCCCAUCACCCAAGCAAUAAUGUCACCCCCGCUCUUCCAAAAGAGAACCCCUCACGUGACGAUAACAGAACGAGUGAGGAACUUGCAGAUGCUGUAAAAACAUCACGCAACAAUGACGAAUAUCAAUGUACUACAAAUCUGCAGCAUCCAAGUAAUGCCUCAACGGGGGUGAACCCCGUUCAAAACAGUCACCUGGUGAAUAACCAUACUGACCAUUUUAACAUGAAGAACCAACCCCGUAAUAACGACUGCUGUGGCAUCAUUGACAACUUGGACACGGGUGCCCCUUCCGUGGAAGAAAAUCAGGACAGCUCAUACCAUGGUGGUAGUGCUCCAUUUGGAGGGAACGGGCACACCAAAUCGAUAAAUAUUAACGACAAACUUUCCUUUUUUAAUGUAAACGAAAUGGGAGCUUCUAUGGAUGAUGCACCUAUUGGGGGAAGCGCGAUAAGCGGCGUUGGUCGAAGUGGUCCCCUCAAUAGCGGGAGCACCGGAAUUGGCAUAAAGAAAUCAAACCAGAUGAACAGCAUAGACUUCUCCAUAACCAACACAGGGAAUAAAACGAAAUAUAAGAUGUCCGAAGAGAUGGUGAACAUAAUGAGACAGACAAAUGCAUACCGAACCCCCUGUGGACAUUACCAACUGAGCCAUCCAGACACAAGCAUGGCAAGCGUAUACAAGCCAUUAAACUUGAAUGGAAUAAUGCCGCCCCCUUACCAUAAUAGAAAAAGUAAUAACAUGAAAAAUUACCCAAGUGCAGAAAUGAGGAGUAAUAUAAAUAUACAUAAUUACAAUAGGAACAAAAAUGAGAACAUCGAAAUGACAAAUACGAAUGAAUGUCUCAGCACAUCCCCCCCCCCGAGCAACUUGCCAAACCAGUAUGGAUAUCUAUACAAUUAUAACAUGGGUAAUUAUUUUCUAAAUGGAGUCAAUUGGGUCGGUUUAGAAAAUCGCACAGGUGACAGACCUGUGAGGAAUAAUAUGAACUUUACCAAUUAUAAUGGCAUCUUCAAUGGAUACUGUCAUGGGGAUGAGGAGGAGUGGGAUCCGCAGCAGGAGGGUCCACAUAAGGACGAUCCACAUCAGGAUGACGACCGAAGCGGUGGGUCCUUCCCCUCAUGGAGCAAUUUAAAAAAAAGAGACAAAACAACAAAGGAGAAGAAGAAUGCCAAUAUGAACACGAGCAAACCGCAACCAUUAGGUUUAAAUGCCAGCAAGAAUAAAAGGCUAGGAAACAAUGGACCACCAACCGCCGAGAAAUUAAGCGAAUUGCUACAUGAGAAGAAUUUGUCCGUUCCACAAAUAGCGGCCAUAUACGGCGUGCACAGGACAACUGUCGCACGAUGGUGCCACAACAGGAACGUUAUCCAAAAGUCGAGUAACUACCAGGGGAGGAAGAAAUCGUCCUCCACGGUGGGCGCCGAGUACACCUAA